AUGUCACAAUCACAACAACCAGGACUAAACGUCAUAGCCUUAAUAUCCGGUGGUAAAGAUUCUCUCUACUCUAUCCUACACUGCAUCCACAACGGCCACAAAGUAGUCGCCCUAGCGAAUCUCCACCCGCAAACAAGAAACUCAUCGAAUCCUUCCCAAGAAGAUGAAGACAUUGACAGUUUCAUGUACCAAACAAUCGGCCACAGCAUAAUUCCCCUCUAUGAAGAAGCCCUCGGUAUUCCUCUCUACCGUGCGGAAAUUAAAGGUGGUGCUGUGGAUACGGCCCGCAUAUAUAGACAUGACGCGGCAGACCAGGCCGCCGAGCUACCAAGUACCGAAGAUGAAUAUGAAGACGAGACUGAAUCUCUGGUUCCGUUGUUACGCCGUGUUAUGAAGGCUCAUCCUGAUGCUAAUGCUGUCUCUGCCGGCGCUAUCCUGUCUACGUAUCAGCGCACCCGUAUCGAGAAUGUCGCUGGGAGACUGGGUCUCAUACCACUUGCCUGGCUAUGGAUGUAUCCGUCGCUGCCGGCGCCUGUUGAGCGGGAUGCAGAUGUGAUGGCUGUGAUGCAGUCGGGGCUAUUGGAGGAUAUGGCUGCUAUCAGGUGUGAUGCGAGGAUCAUCAAAGUCGCCUCUGGUGGGUUAGACGAUGGGUUUUUGUGGGAGAAUGUUUCUGGCGAGGGAAAUGGCGGACGGGCGCUAAGGAGACGGGUUCUCAAGGCUAUGAGUCGCUUUGCUGCGCCGGAGGAUAUUAAGGGCGCUGUGCUGGGUGAGGGUGGUGAGUAUGAGACGUUGGCGUUGGAUGGGCCUGCAUUUUUGUGGAAGAAAAGAAUUGAGAUUUCGACUAGGGACACUGGGUCUGCGGAGGGUGGUGUUGCUUUUAUGAAGCUGAAGGAUGCUAGAGUCGUUCCGAAAGAUCUUGAGGUUGCACCUCUCAGGCCGGCUGAUGUGAGGAGGCCGAUUUUGCUAGAUGAGAAGUUCGUUGCUGCUUUGCACGACCUUCGAUCAGUUUCUUCCAGUGCGAUGGAGUCCAGAUCUCAUAAAUCUACUGGGCCAUCGCCUGAUUGGUCUAUCUGUGAGCCUCGUCAUUGCCAAUCUGAGAAGACAUGGACAAUCGCAAAUAUCGUUGCGCCUGAGGCUGGUCCUGGCGCUGGUGACCAGAUGAAUGCAAUUGUCGACAAGGUGCGAUUGGCCCUGGGGGCAAGUCCUCGUUCUACGGAUGAUAUCGUUUUCGCUACAGUGUUGCUCCGAUCGAUGGGCGAUUUCGCAUUGAUGAACAAUGUCUACAAUUCCUUAUUCAAAAAGCCCAAUCCCCCUGCUCGAGCGACUGUUGCAUGUGGCGACGCACUCCCGUCUAAUGUGAAGGUGAUGGUCUCAUUUGUGGUGGACAGAGGCGAUCGAAACCAUCGACAGGGCCUGCAUGUGCAGUCCCGAUCAUACUGGGCCCCGGCGAACAUUGGACCCUACUCACAAGCGAUUUCCAUCCCGAUCCAUGACCAAACCAGAGUGAUCUAUAUUGCAGGCCAAAUUCCUUUGGAACCGGCCUCCAUGGAACUGGCUACCAAUGAAAAAUCUUGGCUCGAGAAUUAUUGUCUACGGGUCGUAUUGGCCCUCCAGCAUUUGUGGCGCAUUGGCGAGGCCAUGCAGGUGAACUGGUGGCUGGGCACUGUGGCAUUUGUGACUGGUGGAGAGUACAUUGAGACUCAAGCCCGGGUGGCGUGGUAUCUGUGGAAGAAGAUGCAUUCUCGUCCGGAAAGCGCCGAUGAUGAUGAUGAUGAGGGCCCACAGCUUGAUGCAUGGGAUAUCAAAUAUGGACGUCGGUCAGAGGAGCUAGUGCCUGAAGCUGUUUCCUCCACGUUGCCUAACUUUAAUGUUCUGGACGAGGAAGCUUCGACUACCAUACCACCAUUCCUGGCGGUUCAGGUUGACGAGCUUCCCCGAGGUAGUGAUAUUGAAUGGCAAGGUCUGGGAAGCCACUGUGAAGAGGCCAGACUGGAAAGUAGUGGCGAAUGCGUUUCCACCACCACCGUUGGUAGAUACAGCUAUCUUUCUGUCGAGAUUGAAGGCGAUGAUUCGCAUGACCUGCAAGAAGGUCUUCGCUCGGUAAUAACUAGUCAUUGCCAAGGCCAGGGCGUGUCACAGAUGGUGUUAUACACCACGCAAUCUGUACCGGAGGAUCUCUGGAUCGGACAGAUUGUUCCAUGUCGAUCAGUAUGGGGUAUGGAAGGAAGACAACUAAUAGCGGCAGUAGUUGUGCAGAAGGAAGUUGUAUAG